AUGGCCUCUGAAUUUGGUAAACGCCGCAUUCAGCGAUGGAAAACUCAUGUGAUCCCAUUCCAGGAUCACGCCGGCCACCCGGCGCUCAGCACGUUCCACGCCGAGGAAAGUUAUCCGCUGCCCUACCUCUACAGCUACUGCAUUUACUUUACCCACUCAGAUGUCCGCCCCGACGCCCCCGAUUCGAUAAACUCCGCAAGGCGGCUGUACGAGACAAUCGUUAUCGAAAACGCUCCUUUUAACUUUUGCGACUGUCUGUUUCGCCUAGACAUAUAUUUCCUCCCCAACAGCACCCGCGAGGACUGCAUGCGUCACUCCCGCGCUGAGCGCGAUGCCCGCGGCAGCUAUACGGCGCAGGUCGUGGCCCUCAAAAGUGGUGCUGCUCAACCCACAGCUGAAACGGCCAAAAUGCCCGGUCUGGUGCCCUCGUACGCCCGGCAUGAUAUGAGCAGGCACAGCUACCACGCCCUAAUUUACGUCUCUGACGCCCCCGAUUGGCGCGGAGGUGAGGACGAAACCAUAACGCGCCUCGAAUUUGAGCCGCUGUCCCAGGACGACUACGAACGCUUUAACAAGGACCCCGACGACCAGCACGAGCCCGACGUGCUCCCCGAAACGGCUGUUGUGGUCGAGGCGGUUGGGAAAAGCAGCCCUGGCUUUGGCAAGCUAACCCCAGCGAUGCCCAGGCAGCCCAGACUCGCCGGGAGGUCGAUCGAGAUGUGGUGCAUGGCCGAUCACAUGUUCGACCGGGCACCCCGUCAGUUCAUGGACCAAGACGCGUGGGAUGAGGCCAAGGAACUAGGCUGGACUUCUUGGUGA